AUGAAUACGACAUACUAAAGCAUUAACCUCUAUAACGAUUUCUGCUAAUCAAAUUAGCAAUCAGAUUCAAAUAAAAAUCUAGAUAAAUUGGAGAAUAGUUCGUUCUUAAGAACAUAAGCAUCACAACAAAAAAUAAAGAAAUUGGAUAUAAAAAACAUAAACAAACUAAGGUCCGUUUUCUCUCAAUAAAAUCUAUUCGUAAACUAAAACUAAUCGCAGACAGCUAGGACUAUCCCACAUUUUUAAGCUAUAAGGAACAAUAGCAAUGAUCUUAUUAACGAGCAGAAUGAAAAUAUGGAUUUAUAGGUUAAAGGCAUAUUCGCGGAGAAAAAUGAUUUAAAUGAGCAAUCUCUUAAACAGAAAAGCCAAAGUUUUAAGGGUUUUAGUACAUUAUAUCAUUCUAAAGAUAGAAAAAUGGAAUUCCCCAAAAAGACUUUCCUUAGAGGUUUAUUUUAAGAGGACAACUAUCAAUAAUAAAAGCAAGAAUCUGCAAUUAAAGUUGAAGGACAGGCAAAAAUAACUAAAAAUGAAAUAUUACUCAGUAAACUUAAGAACUAAAUGAAGCAACCCAGAUCUGUGGGAUUGAGGAUGAAUGUUAUUCAAGAUUAGUUAGACAUUGUAAAGGCUGGCCAAUCAUUUUUGGAUUCUAUGAUAAAAGAUGGAGAUUGCAAUCCUGAUAUAUUAAACUCAGUCUCACCAUAUAAUAUGUCCAUUUAUGAUGUGGAGUGGAAGAAUGCUUUCAAGAAGCUUUAGAAAAAUCAUAUACCUUCUAUGUUGCCUAAAUUGAGCUCAAGAUAAUAAGGCUCCUCACAUUAUAAUCUUAGUUCAAUUUCAUCUAAGAGAUUAGAUACUGAGAUAUAAAGGGAUACUGAAUAUAUUGAAAAUUUAAAAGACAUAAAUUGCAAUACUUGCAUGACAAAAGAAAACUUCAAAGAAAGAUUUAGGAGUCUUGAACCAAGGACAAUUGAAUUUACCCAUGAACCAUUGAGGACAGUUGAUGAAUAAAAUAUUUUCAAGCCAGCUAGAAAUUCAAAAAAGAGGAUAAAAUACAUUGAAGAGUUAUUGAAAAAGGAAAGUCAGAGUCCUAAUGGUGGUAAAUUUAACCCAUAUUCAGAAAGGGUUAAACCCCUAUAAGUCUACCCGAGAUUAAAGCAAUAGAUAACUUAAAUGAUUGACAGUCAAUUUAGUAAGACUUCUGAUAACUUCAAUGAAUCAAGUGAGUAUUACUUAAGCAAGCGAAAGUUUUCCAAAUAUUUGAACAUAGUGCAAGAAUCAAAUUAGAAAUAGCUUGAGUCUUCAUUUUUAGCCUAGAAAGAAGGCAUUAAUUCUGUAUAAAAUCUUAGCCCACUAAAGAAAAACUCAAAAGGAAGGAAAAACUAUAAAUUUGAAUCAAAGGAAGAGGAAGAUGGCAGCUAUCAAAUGCUAAUGAGAUCCAAGACUCAAUAGCUUAAGACAUUAUUUGAGUAGUUCAGACAAAUUAACAAGUAGCGAAAUUGA